GUGUCAAAUAAAAAUAUUUACGUGAACCCAUUUCUCGCCCUCCAAAAAGAGAAGGGUGUCUUGUGUGGUGAAAAUUCGAGUAAAAAAGGGCAAGUUUUAGCUUGUUUUGUAGUGAAAAUUCUAGGGUUCAGUGCGGUAAUAUGUCGUUCUAAACGGUGUACCAUUUGGUGGUGUUUGCACGCCAGAUAAAGGCUGCCAAUCCGCGAUCGAAAGAGUUACGUUGACUUGGCAUCCUCUCUCCCCUUUGCUUGCUGCUGCUCCUGAAUGCUAGUGAUUCAUUGAAAAAGCAAACAACUUUACAUAAACGGAGGUGGCAGACAAUAAAGGAAUCCUGUAAUUUGUGUGGAGGUUGUCACGGUGCUUCCGGAAUCAGUUUUGCGGACGAGGGGAACGGUGAAUCCGUCUAGGUGCUGUAUUUUUGCGGGGCGUCGCCACGAGCAAUGACAAUGGGGGACGAUACUCCAGUGGUCACUUCUUUGGUGCUGCCAAUUUUGAUACGUCCUAUUCUUUCGCAGUUGGAGCGGCGCGAUGUGGUCGCUUCGCAGACGUUGAGAGCGGCCCUGACCAAGGCUGAACAGACACAUCCUGGCAUGACAUACGAUUUGGUCAUGGGCAUCAUCCGGAAGGGCGACAUCAACGUGAACAUGAACGAGAGCAUCCUUCGGCUACAGGGAGCAGCGACUGAUACUGAUCUUAUCGAAUACCGACUGAACCGCACUGAGGACGCCUUCCAAGAGCUUAACAAAAAGUCUGCCGCCCUAAAGCGCAUCCUUAGCCGAAUUCCCGAUGAAAUUACCGACCGGAAAACGUUCUUGGAAACCAUCAAGGAAAUCGCCAGUGCCAUCAAAAAGUUACUGGACGCAGUGAACGAGGUGGUUGGUUUCAUUCCUGGCCCAUCCGGCAAACAGGCGGUGGAGCAGCGCAAGAAGGAGUUCGUCAAGUAUUCGAAAAAGUUCAGCACCACUCUGAAGGAAUACUUCAAGGAGGGAGAAGCCAACGCCGUUUUCGUGAGUGCUUUGUACCUGAUACAUCAGACGAAUCAAAUUAUGAUCACAGUGAAGAACAAGUGCGAAUAGACGAGCGUUGGUCCAGCCGUUGCACGUCUUCGCCGAUAUCUCCGCCUCUGAGGAUUGAUAGGAAUCCAUUCUAAAUAAGACAUAAAAAAGAUACUAAACUAAUUGUUUUACAUUCACAUUUCCUUGGGGCUGGCCUUCGGGUGAUGUUUCCGCAAUGAGCGGGAACGGCCAGAGAUAGACUAUGCAGAUGAGUUCUUUAUUUAGUGAAACAAAAAAAAAACAUACAAGGGAGAAGGAAGGACUACAUAUUUCAAAGUGAAGAAGAACAAUAGACAUUCUGUUAAGGAACACGAGAGGAACGUAAUUGAUGUCGUAUUAUAUAUUAAACAUAUUA